AUGAAUGCACAAUCCGCUUCUCUGUUCACUUGGCCCCAAACAUCUUUAUUGUCUACACAGCUAGACUUUGGGCGUUUGAGUGGCCUGUCGUAUGAGGAAGGAAUAAAACAUAAGAUCAAAUGGUCUUCCGCUAACAACCCGACUCACAAACAGCUUCAUCACCUCACCUCACUCACGCAAGUAUUUCCGCAUACGCGUCGCUAUAAUCCGACGGUCAAUGCAACAAAAGAUUCCGAAAAUCACAACGCCCUCCAAUCGCUACCUACAACAGGGCUAAACACCAAUGUACUUAUCAUCGUUUAUCAGGUUAAAUACCUGCAAGAAAGGUAUCCCGAAUUUGACAUUCCAAGUGAAUUUCUCGUGGACACUCUAGUCGAAGAAUCAAAUAAGGAAACAAAUUACGAUCCUUAUAUGAGCGCGCAACUUAUCUCAUUUGGAGACCUUGGACAGACGAAUAAGUUUAUAGCAUUUCCAAUGGGACAAACUGGAUCAGAAUUAUGUUUCACGUCAAUGAAAUAUCACGAAAAACCACAAGGCAAUGAGGAUAUUUUCAUCGGGCAAUAUCAAUUAGACUUGUCAGCUAUCUCGAAACUAAAAUUCAAAACACCUAUUAGACAGAUAACUACGUCAUCACCCAUAACCACAUCAUCGCAUCUUGAUUCAAUAUCUUUACCACCUUUAAUGGCGAUACUUGAUAUUGACGUGGAAACGGACAACUCUGUGGAGAAGCGGUUGAAAGCUCUGACGUUAGAUGCUGUGCCCGGUCUAGUGUCAGGAUCCACUCUUGAUCAAAUGCACGUUGCCUUUAAUCCAAUGUUGUACGGAGAAGCUGCUAUUGUGGAUGCCGGUGGAGGCGUCCACCUGUGGAGAGCGGAAAGAAAUCAACAGCCUUUAUCAAAUGUGAAUAAAUUUGAGGUAGAAAGUAUAAAGAGUUCACAAGCUUGGGACUAUGCGGAAUUGCCGGAUUUAUGGAGGGCCUGUGAGUUUGCAGCUCACCCUCGCUGUCUUUUAGUCGCUUCUCGGGAAACCGUGGAUCUCCUCGACUUUAGAGUCACUGUCUCCAACAAAACCACUAAUUUAUUUAGCGCAAGUGAUGGAGAUCAAAUAUUCGCGUUCCAACGUGUUCCUGCGAUAAACACGUUUCAAUCUAUCCUAGCGACCCGAAAUAGUGUCGUGCUACUAGAUCAACGUUAUCCUAACAGAACACUACUCAAGUGGAUUCACCAUAACGAUAAACCUACAGGAUUAAGUACGAUAGUUGACGGCAAGACCACCGAUUUUCCUAUUUCAAUUCCAUCGUUCCAUGAACAUCCGACUUUCAGUCGCUCAAAGUAUUUAAGACCAACUUUGGCCAAUCAACAGAGGCUGUAUCAAUCGACCGAGGAGAAGCAGCCUCUGAAAUUACCACCUUUGGCGAGUGUUCUUUUGCUAAGAAAUGACGCCAAAUAUUGGGAAAGUGACGUUAUUGAAAAUCCAGUAAUGUGCUUCAGCGCCAUACAACUUUCACACACGGGAGCUUUAUACUCACAGGAUUUUUGCUUAAGCCGUGAAUCUGAUUUUCUGCCGGUGCAAGAUAAAUUGUUCAAAACUGACGAUACGCAAAUUAUUAAGAUGCCGGACUCUGUAAUGGCACUUCAAGUCUUGGCAGAUAAAGAUUUAGGGAUUAAUCCUGAAAUGCAACUCAAGCGACAUCGCAUUUGGCCUUUUGACAGAAUAUGGAAUUAUGCCGCCAGAGAAUUUAGGUUUCCUUUUUAUAAUGACACAAAUUCCAAGGCCCUUGGAAUAUAUUCAGCUUUUCUGUCCUGGGAAUCUGUGGAGACGUAUUUUAAGGAUUAUGCACAAUCUACUGGUUUCGGGAUGGGAAACUACUCGAAAAUCCUAAUGGAUUUGGACCUAAAAGAUUUCGCCCUUGUGCAUGGAAUGUCACCCUUCGUCGUCAAAAGUAUGGCGAUCAAAUAUUUGUGA